AUGGUGGCGUUCACAACUUUGGAUUCUAGGUCUGAGACAAAAUCUGCGACGGGAUCUGCUACGGGAUCUGCAACAGCGUCUGUGUCAGGAGGUUCAUGUAGAAGUGAUGAUGAUACUGUAGGUGAUGACGAUGAUGGAGACUUUGAUCUUGGUAGGAAUUAUGAGAUGCUGUAUGAGAAUUGGCUCAAGCAAGUUGAGGCGAAUUCAGAGUUUGCUAAGGAGAAGGUCAAGCUAGAAGCUCAAGUUGCUGAAGCACUUAAGUAUGCCUCAGAGAAAGAAGAAGAAGCACGACUGGCUGGUGCUCAACUUGCAGAAACUCAGAAGGGUUUGAAGAUGCUGAAUGGUGGAACGAAGCAGCUAGAUCAUCUCCUUAGUAUUGGAAAGAGUGAUCGAUGUGGCCUUGGAUAUCAAGGAGAAUGUUCUACAGCUGAAGGUGUUUUUGUGUCAGCAGGGAAAACUGAGGUUUUAUCUACGUCUGCUAUGAAGCCAGAGGUUAAGGUGUCUGCUGGGAAUGCAACAAAGGGAAAGACUGCAGUGAAGGCAGUAACUGAUGUGAGGAAUGCGAGUGCUACGCGUACUGCUACAGCAACUGCUACGGCGACUGCUCCAGAGAGAGUUUCUGAAUUGAAGAGUGCAGCUCAACGAAAGUGGCGGCCUGUUUGUCAUCACUGUGGUGUGGUUGGGCACAUUAGGCCAAGGUGUUUUAAGUUGCCGAGGGAGAAGAAUCAGAUGAAGCAAGCUUAUGGUACUUAUGGUAUGAAGUGUCAUGGUCCAAUAUGUUAUUCUUGUGGAGUUCAAGGGCAUAUUCGACGUGAGUGUUUCAAGUCUAUUCAAGGAGCUAAUCAUGGAGGAUUUGGGCUCAGGAAUACAUGGUCUAGGAGAUAUGAUCAGUAUGGAGAUGGUGGAAUGGGAUUUCCUCCUUACUUUGGAGGAUAUAGAUCUUCAUAUUAG